AUGGGACAUUCAAAGACUAAUCGCCAUGUUCGGAACAAGAAAAAGGAACAAUCUUUCUUCAAUAAUCUCACAGAUGAACUGCUAAUCCAAAUAUUUAUUAGAUUACCAAGCAGCAAAGAAGCAAUUCGAUGCAAAUUGGUUUGCAAACACUGGUUAUCCCUAAUCUCAUCUGAUUACUUCGUUAAUACUUCUGUAAUUCACCAUCAAAAUAACGGUAAAACACUGCCCCCUUUUACUUUUGUUUCAUCUGAUGGAAAAUUUUAUGUAAAAUAUUUGUUAGAGUUUCAACCUGAAAAGGGUUUAUCAAGAAGUGUGGAUUUAAGGUUUCUUUAUAUUUAUCGACCUUAUCGUUAUCGAAUUCGCUUAAAAGAAUCAUGGGGUGACUUAAUUUUAUGUUCCGGAAGAUCUUCUGGUAUUGAUUAUUAUAUUUGUAAUAUUGUUACUAAGCAAUGGAUUGUGCUUCCUCCUACUCCUCAAGAAGAGUCACAUUUUCCAGAAAGUGAAGGUGCUGGUUUCUUGAUUGAGCCUAAUUGUUGGUAUCUGGUGUUACGAUUUAUUCCUUUGGGUGAUUACAAGUUUAGUGUUCAGAUGUUUUCGUCUGAGCAAGGAAACUGGACCAAAUUGGUUGUUAUGUCUCCGCGGAAUUUGAAUAUUUUAACUCGUAAGACUUCGAUUGUUGCUUGUGGAAGGAUGCUGUAUACAUUUACGUAUAAGAGAAGUGAUGUUGUUGAUUGUGUUCUCGCGUUUGAUCCGUUCGCUAAUGAUCCUGCUCAGUUUUUGUGUGUUAUUGAUUUCCCACUUGAGGCUUGUGAUAUUCGUUGUUUGGCUUGUAAAUUGGGGGUGUGUCGAGGUCGUCUAAGGUUUGCUCAACUAAUUCUCCAACCAAGUGGAUAUCCUUGUAUAAGUAUAUGGGAACUUGAGGAUGAUUAUAGAAUGGGGAAACGGACAUUGGUGCACAAGAGAAUCCCUACAAACACAGCGUUAAGAGUUUGUAAUGAUGGCAUACUUCCUCGCGAUAGCACAAAAUUGGUGUCGGUACGUGCUUUUCACCCAUAUAAUGAGGAUCUUAUAUGUUUUCUUGUAGGUAAUGAUCAGGUUGUCGUGUACGAUAUACGAAAAGAUAAAGUGGUAAGCUCUACCCUCCCUUCUCAAUUCAAGCAUAAGAGAUCACAAAGAUUAUUACCACCAGAUGAUAGGUCACUUCAUUUAGAUGUUGGGCCACAUCAUGUGUUACCAAUUACCAAAAAUUGGUGGCCAACACCAGUAAGGUAA